CACGACACGACGAACACCGAAGAGCACCGCGGCGGUUGAUAUUUUUCUGGCCGCUCCAUUACAAUUACAUUACACAACUUGGCAGGCGGUGAUUUGUGAGAACGCUGAGUGUGGUGGUCCGACUUUUGAGAUAUUUACAAACACCGAAGCCGCAAAACUCUCGCUUUAAAAACUAAAAUAAAAAAAAACUUUAAAAACUACGAAUUACAAACAAGAGACGCGCUAUAAUCGGAAUGAAAAUAACUCGUUAAGUUUGAGGACUGUGCGGCAAAAUCAAAGAUAUUCUUCAAAAGAUAAACCAACAGCUAACGGUCAAGCCCUUUUAAAUCAGUGUCCUUGUUGCUGUUAUUGUUGAAGAAGAAGAAGAAGACGACGAAAAUCAAAAUAUUUUCCAUUUAUACCGCGAAUGUGUUAAGUGAAAGAAAAGGAGGAAUAUUACCAAAAAAAAACAAAAACAAAAACGUCAUCAGGCCAUUACCGUUAUCAGCACCCGGCAAUAAAAACAGAAAACCAUGUUGAUCUCGUGCAAAUGCUUGAAUUUCGUUGCCUCCGGCACAAAGUCACUGCUGCGGGGAGAGGAUGGAGCUACCGGCAACCAAAACCCGGCAGCCGGAGAGGUGCCCAUCCCGGUCCUGCUGUCGCAGGUGUUCCGUCAGACGUAUCCCCGCGAAUUUGUUUUCUACAACCAGUACAUGGACUUUUUUAAGCGAGCCUCUGAACCCAUCCAGGACCUCUCGGUGGUCGCCAUCAACCAGCGGGAACUGCUCUAUGGCCUCACCCUCGACGCCGCCGGCCACAGCUGGCAACUCAGCCUGUGCCUCAACUGCAAGGAGGUUCUGUGCGCCAAGAGAUUGACGGCCGGGACGGGCACACCCACAGUCUACCUCAUCAACUCCACGCUGCUGACCAACAGCGAGGAGCUGGCCCAGCGCAAGUCCAAAGCUUGUUACUCGGAAACCUUCGGGAUCUUGAUCAUGGACGGUGUGGACAGCGAUUCUGUGCCAGCGGGACCAACGAACGGAAUAGCGGCGUCCGCCUCCAACCUGAGCAUAGGCUCGUUGUCGGCGAAUCCGAGGGACGCCAAAAUGCAGAGGAUUCGGAUGCUGGAGGCUUACCAACAGGCGCGGCUGCAGGAGGAGAUCGCGGAUACGAACGCGCGCAUCGAACGGUAUACCCGCAACCAGUUCCAGCUGCUCAACAGCUUCCGGGAGAAAUCGGACCAGGACUGUGACAUGCUGCUGCGCCUGAUCCGCCGGCUGCCCGAGCAGGCCUCGGAGCUGCUGGACCACGGCAUGCCGCCCGCACUGGAGGUGGCCGGCAACCAGCCGCAGAGUGCCACUGCCCGGCGCAGGAACACCAUCAGCAGCAGGCGGGAGUUGUCCGGCCCCACCACGCCCACCACCACCCUCAACCAUCCUCCCAGCUUCCUGACGCUCAACCAGAAGCCCAUGCAGCAGCAGCAGCAGCAACAGCCACAACCACAGCAACCUCUGCCCAGUGCCUCGGUGACGAGGAGGCUGUCGCAAUUUGACACGCCGCCCGCCACCCCCGAAUCCACGCCCAUGAGCGUCGGCAACAGCCCCACUUUCCGCCAGCAGCAGACAGUGGCCGGAGGUGCCCCCACCCAGAUGCUGGUCACCCCGGGGUCGGUUGUGAGUCAGUCGGCCCAUGACGCCGACGAUGCCGAUGACUGUCAGUUCGAUCUGGAGGAUGUGGAGUACGAGCCGACUCCGACGGCCCAGUCUGUGCCCGUUCCCAGCUACCAGCGCAACCUCAUCUACCAGCAGGUGCUUCCAGAGGAGAACAGCAUGAGCAACGACCUGGACGAGGACAUCGAGGCAGCUGACGAGGCAGAAGAUGCCCUGUUGGAGACCUCGAUCUCGAUUCCUGGGCGACCGCGUCACACCCAGUCCCAGCUGAUGAACUUUGCCAGGAGUCUGCCCAUCGAGAUAGCCAACACUCCGCUCGCCGAGCGAGCUGCAGCCGCCAACAACAAUAACUUUGUGUUGGGAUGCGAGGAGGGCAUGGACAACAUCGACAUAGCGGCCAGCAUUCAGGCACUGACCAAGAGUGUCCAUGGCGAGGCGGUGUUUGGGGACCUGCCCCGACCACGUCUGCGAUCUCAGAUCGAGGGCUAGCCGAUUGAGGGCUUGAGAGGAGAGAAGUUGGAGUCACCACUACGUACACAUAUUAUAUAUAUGUAUAUCAGCUCGUAAUCUGAAUAAUUUGUUAGACCGCCUUGAUAAGUUUCUAUCUAAAACGCUAUCUAAACUAAAAUUAGUUGCUCAACGAAGCCCAGGAUCCAAGAGGAGCUCCUGGCACACAAAACCCAUACACCGCAUACCGCAUACCGUAUAAUCCACACUCGCGCAUCUACCACACAUGGAAUCACAUAAGCACCACCUACCACCUACCAACUAAAACUAGUACCAACUAAGCAGACAGGUUGCAAUUUCUUUAAUUAUACACAUACACAUAUACAUAUAUAUAUAUAUCGGCUAUAAGUUUUAUUUCAAGUUUUUUUCGGAUGAUCUUCGAUUGGAAAUGUCUGUAUUUUCUUCGUACGACGAGUGUACCGGCUGUCGUUGGCUGUUGCACAUUGAGUUAACUAACUGAUACUGAUACUGAUGAUGUUGUUAGUUUAUACAAUGAAUAAUUUAGAAUACAUAUACGAUACAUAAUAUAUAUAUUAUAUAAACCAUAAACCAUAAACCAUAAACCAUAAAGAACGCCAUCAGCUCUAGCUGUGACGCAAGCAAAGGACGCACCACAAAAGCGUCCCAUUUAAAGUAA